AUGAACAACGCGCCGGUUUAUAAAAGCCAUCCAAUCCUCACCACCCCCUCCUACAGAAUAGAAGUAUUCACACAAAGCGAUCUUCUCAAGCAGCCCUUCCUACGUGAGCUCCGGGACGUCAUCAAUACCAGCUACUAUGAUACCGGUGCCGGUCCUUUCGUAAAGACCGGCGCCCGGCUCCAAAGCGACACCCAACUUACCAAUGAACUUCAGCAAACUGGCUUCACUGCGAUUGCAUUCGCUCAGAAUACGAUCAUCGGGACUGCAAGCUUGAAAGUCUGGCCGACAGAUGCCGAAGGCACCGCGUGGAAAGUACCGGGCUAUUUUGAACAAUUCAGUCCAGAUGAGAUCUUCUCCGCGAGCUCUACGGUGCUGGAUAGCCUUGAUGAUGAAUCUUCAAAUACGGCCUGCGAGGGAAGUUUCGAAAUUGCAGCUGUCGCGAUCACGCCGGAUCCUCAAUAUAGGGGGAAGGGCAUUGCGGCGAGCUUGGUCCAGGCGUGUCAUGACGAACUGAACAGGAGAAUGUUUCCUGCUCGCUCGUGCAUUAUGCUCAAAUGCGUUCGCGAGGUCCAGGGUUCGUAUUGGCUGAAAAGGGGGUUCCGCGUCGUGGGAGAACAAUAUUGUCCUCCUUUUACCUGGGGUUACAAUAAAGGGUUUGUUCUUUGGGCUAUGGAGAGAGCGUGA